AUGAUGUUCUCAGCGCUGUUGGUCAUCUCCCUUCAUCUGACUACUGCUGUGGCCGGUCAAUGCUGGAGAGAUUAUCCAUGCGAUGGUCCCGAUCAGCCCUCAUUUCCUGGAGCCUGGGAUGCCAACAUCUACGCUCCAUCAACGAGAGUUGUGUCACCUGCGGCGGUCCUUGUCUGGCCAGGUUUGACGCCAGUCUCGUACGGACAAACUCAAACAAUUGUUGGGAAUGGAUCACUUGUCACCUAUGAUUUUGGUAAAGAGGUGGGUGGCAUCGUCCGCUUCGACUACAACAGCACGGACUCCGGCACGUUAGGCAUCGCUUUUGCUGAAUCCAAGAAAUUUGUCGGCUACCGGUCAGACUCUUCGAAUGGUCUCUUCACAGGAGCCGAUCUAUGGCUCAAUGUCACUCUGACCGACGGCUCGGGCUACUAUGUCAUGCCGGAUGAGAAGCUUCGAGGAGGGUUUCGAUAUAUGACUCUCUGGCUGACGACAAACUCAAGCACAACCGCCUUUUCUGCCUGGAAUGUAACUGUCGAGCUCGAUUUUCAGCCCACAUGGCCCAACCUCCGGGCAUAUCAAGGCUACUUCCACAGUAAUGACGAACUCCUUAACCGUAUCUGGUACGCGGGGGCAUACACCUUGCAGAGCAACUCCGUUCCUACCAACACAGGCCGACAGGUUCCAAUGCUUGCAUGGGGCUGGGCAAAUAACGCCACUCUUAGCCCAGGGUAUUCUGUCAUUGUUGACGGCGCGAAGAGAGACAGAGCCGUCUGGCCUGGAGACAUGGGCAUCGCGGUACCUUCAGCCUUCGUCUCCACGGGUGACCUCGAGUCUGUGAGGAAUGCAUUGCAAGUCAUGUACGACUACCAAAACACCACAACAGGCGCCUUUGACGAGUCGGGUCCGCCUCUCAGUCAGAAGAACAGCGACACAUACCACAUGUGGACCAUGAUCGGGACGUACAAUUACGUCUUGUACACAAAUGACACAGCUUGGCUGGCGCCUUUAUGGGACAAGUACAAACUCGCAAUGCAAUUUGUGGUCGACAAGAUAGACGAGUCGGGCUUGAUGAACGUGACCGGCACAAGGGAUUGGGCACGCUGGCAGCAAGGAUUUCAUAACACCGAAGCUAACAUGAUUCUUUUUCAAACAUUGUCAACAGGGAGCAAGCUUGCUUCAUGGCUGGGCGACCCCGCCGUUUCUGCGAACUGGACAUCUACAGCCACCGAUCUUUCCAAGUCUAUCAACAGUCUCACCUACGAUGUCUCUGCCGACGCGUACCGCGACAACGACACCACAACAACCCUCCAUCCGCAAGACGCCAACAGUAUGUCGCUGUUGUUCUCCGUAGCACCUGACUCGAACGUACCCGGCAUUGCCACGUCUCUGACGAAGAACUGGACACCGAUCGGCCCUGUAACGCCGGAGCUUCCCUACAACAUUUCCCCCUUCAUCUCCAGCUUCGAACUCCUGGGCCGCCUGGCCGUGCGCGACACCAAAAGCGCGCUUGAACUCAUCCGCACGACCUGGGGAUGGAUCAUCAACAACCCUAAUUCGACCGAAUCCACGCUUCUCGAAGGCUACCUGUACAAUGGUAGCUUCAGCUACCGGUCCGACCGGGGAUAUAGUUACGACGAGAGCUACGUGAGCCAUGCGCACGGAUGGAGUUCAGGGCCGACCUCGGCGCUGACGCAUUACGUGCUCGGAUUGGAUGUGCUUAGUCCCGCUGGCAGCGAGUGGAGGCUGGCGCCACAGUUGGGAGAUUUGGAAUUCGCAGAGGGAGGCUUUACGACGGUGCUGGGGAAAUUCAGCGCAAAAUGGGCCCUCCAAGGUCAAGGGGUGAGGGUGAGCUGGAAUACACCUGUUGACACAACGGGCACUCUUGUCCUGCCGCUUCCCGCAGGAGUGGAGAGCAUGAUCGUGGAAAUCGAGGUCGGGGGACAGCAAAUGAACGAAAGUCUGAUUGCGAAUGCCACGAGCGCUUUUGGCGAGAAGACUGCCCAGCUCAAUGUCCCUGGUGGUCGAGGGCUGAUCUGGUUCCCGCUUUGA